CUAGUUCAGACAUGGCGGAUUCCGCGCGGAUGCAAAUCGCGCGGUUGAACCGCGCGGAUCCUAAUUACAUUAGCGCCUUACAAAUCGUUCAUACCUGUCCGCACGGAUUGACAAUCCGCGCGGCUCAACCGAGAAAAUGAAUUCGCGCGGUCGCCGCUCGGUUUUAUUUACUUGACGUACCUAGAGGGCGUUCAGUUGCUCCGCGGAAGCCGCGCGUAUCGGACGGUGACAAUGGAUCGCUUCGACACCGAGCUAUUCAUCGAUGAGGUGGAAAAAAGACCUGCUUUGUGGAACAUCCAAUGUGCAGAAUAUUCUAACAAAACGAUUAAAAACGGAGCUUGGCAGGAGCUGGUGGAGAUUUUUGGAGAAAAUGAGGAUUCUUUGGAAAAGAAGGUUCUUUUUGGUCAACCGCUACUGUAUUUAUAUUUGUUAAAGAUAGUGAUUUCUGUUCCAGGUGUAUCAUUACAAAAAAAAUGGAAGAACAUCCGUGAUGCUUAUAAUAAGGAAUUCAAGAAAGGCAAAUCAAUUCCUUCUGGUUCUGGUGCAUGUAAAGGUUCAAAAUACAUGUAUUUCGACCGGCUUUCUUUUCUUCAGAAGACGAUAGAAAACAAAGAAACUAUCACAAACAUAGAUGAAGCCAAAAAUGAAGAAAUUCGGAACAUUGACCAAAAGCUAGAUAAUUUUGUAAAUGCACGUGAAAUACAACCGGUACCCAAUAAAAGGAAGAAAACUAAAAUUACUUCAGAAGAGCGAUUGGCUAACAUAUUAGAAAAUAGUAUUGAAUCAAGAGAUAAAAUACAAAGACAAAUACAAGAAAGUAUGUCAAAGCAAGAUGAUGAUGAUAAACUUUUUUGCAUGUCAUUGUAUAAAGAGUUAAAGAAAGUUCCAGAAAAUAAACGAUUGGCUACUAAAAUUGAAUUGCUCCAGGUAAUACAGAAAGGGCAGAAAUUACCAUCGCCUAUUCAUAUCACGAGCCAGCAAAACACGCCUAAUGCAGUAUUUUGGCAAAACCAACAAUAUUCAAACCCACAAGGAUAUUUCACUGGAUAUUCUACAAUAGUACCAGGAGAGUCUCCAUCGCCUUUAUCAUGCAAUAGCACUGACGAUUCACAGUCUUCUAUAGUACAAAAUAUAUAUUCUGACGUAUAAAAUAAAUAUCUUACCUUAAUGUGAUCACGAGUUUUUCUUCUGGGGACACGCUUGACCUCAUAUGGGUAUCAUUAGAUUCAAUUUGUUUACUCAUCAUUUCUAAUAAUUCAUCAAAUGAAUUUAUCGACAUUCUCAAAUAAUUGAAGAAUUUUGGUUCAAAACUUCUUAAUUUUGGAUAUAAAGUCUGAAACUGACCAUGAGUAAACCGAUCGCGUAAUAUUGGAUGCACCCAAUACUGCCGUUUCUUCUUUCUUUCUUUUUUACGGAGCAACAAGUACACACAUAUUGCUUCUUCGACUUCCAUGAUUGGACUGUCACCCUAUGCGAAUAACGGCACUCCGCAUGUACAUCCGCGCCUGUCUGAACACUUGCGUUUAGAACCGCGCGAUUUGCAUCCGCGCGGAAUCCGCCAUGUCUGAACUAGCU